CAAAAUGAAUAUUACUGAAAGUAGUAAGGAAGAAGGAAUGCCUCCUGAGCACAGCCAUCUCGCCAACCCUCCUCAAGGAGAAGAUCUUUCUUCUGACACUGAAGUCUCACCUGUUUCUGAGCUUGAUUGCUUCAGGAAAGAAUAUAAGUACACUCCUCUGUCGCUAGUAAAUCCUGAUCCGUUUGAUACAACCAACCAAAGCUAUAUAUAAUGAAACAACAUCAGAGAAAGGCUGAUGAAGACUGGGACAUUGAAGACAUAGGAGAUAACGACAUCGACAUUUUGGAAGAUACCUUGAUUGGCUACGGUAUUUACAAGAACCAGCCCAAGAUGCUUAUGUGCAUCACUAUGUUCAAUGAAGACCCUAAAAGACUCGUAGAAAGCUUGGCUGGAGUUUACAGAGCAUAUUAUGAAUUGCUGGAUCUUGACCCAACAUUCUUGAAUAGAGUGCAUGUGGUGAUUAUCACUGAUGGAUAUGAGACUCUAUUACAGAAUCAGAAGAAUCGAGAAGUGUAUGAUAAAGCAAAUAUUCACAGUAUUAAUAAAGUUAACGCCAAGAAAUAUGUAAAGGCUCCAAUUACUUCUGGAAGUAAAGAAAUUACCUUUACUUUGGAAAAUUUGGCUUUUAUCAAUACUGAAAACAUGAUCAGCAGAAAGUUUGAGCACCAAGAAUCAAAGGACGAAGAGGCCAAGAUUGAGUUCAAAGAUAUUAAGGCUUACGGAGCUAACAACAUUGGUCACUGAUUCUCCAGAGUCAUGGACUUUAGCGAAUGGGAAAAAGCUCUCUCGAAGCAACAGAGGAGUAAUUUCUUUAUUAAUGGAUAUGAUGUUUAUGACUUCUUAUCAGGGGAUGAUUCAAUUGGGAAUGUAAAAACUCAAAAGUAUAAGCAUUAUCCUCUACCCAUACAUUUUGUUGUGAAGCAUCAGAACCAAGGAAAACUUGAAAGCUACAAGUGGUUUUAUAGAGGAUUUUGUCAAAUGAUGAAUCCAAAAUAUGUACAACUUAUUGAAUGAGGAGCAAUUCCUCUCUGGAACUCUAUCUCAAGGAUCAUCAUGCAUAUGGAGGCAUUCCCAGAUGUCGGAGGAGCAUGAGGAGAAGUUGAAGUUAAGCUGAUUGAAAAGAAAAGCGAUGAAGUACAACAAAUAAGUUUUGUAGAAAGCUCAAUGCUAAGGUCUCAAUAUGUUGAAUACAAAGUAUCUCAUUACAUGGAUAAGGCUACAGAGUCUCUCUUUGGCUUUGUGACAAGCCUUCCAAGCUUAUUCUCUACCUUCCGCUGGGAAUGAAUCGAUGGUCGACCUGUAUCUCAAACACUUAAAGGUGCUAAUGAUUACUUUAGAGAUGUGAAGAAAACUUUGUCUUGCUAUACUUCAAAUAAAUAUUUAACUGAAGAUCGUAUUCUUGCUAUGGAAAUUUUGAACAAAGAAAAUCAUAGAUAUAUCACCCAUUAUGUGCCAGGAGCCAAGUGCUUGGUAGACUGCCCAAUUUCUCUAACUGGCUUGAUCAAAGAGAGAAGAAGGAUUUUUAAUGGGUGGAUGUUCUCUUCUUUCUAUAUGCUCAAGUCUGGUUAUAGAAUGUGGAAAAGAAAAGGAAGUUCUUUUAUGAGAAAUAUUUUUCUUAUGAUUCUUUAUUUCUAUUUGGCUAUAGUUUGGAUAUUAUACUUUUGUUCACUUGGACUCUUUUAUUCUGCUUUCAGUGUCUUCAUAAGAGCUGUUCUCCCAUCUAACACCUGUAUAAGUGUAACUAUGGCUUCGAAUGUGACAGAAAAUAUAUAUCUUAUCUUUUUAUUUAUAGUCUUGAUGCUCUCCAUUGCUAUCAAAGUUCGAAAUGCUGAGUUAGGAUUUAAGCUUUGUGCGAUCUUAAUGGGGUCAUUCUCACUGUUUAUGGUCUAUUGAGCUAUCAUGUUUGCAAUUAAAAAGGAAGAAAACAUAAUACCUGUUUGUCUUAUUGCCUUCUUUACAUUCUCUUUCUUAAUCCCUCUGAUUUUGAACUUUUGGAAUCUCUAUAUUUCAGAUACUUUGAAAGGAAUACUAUACGGAUUCUACCUUCUGCCAACCUACAUCAACAUCUUCACUAUCUUCGCCAUGGCCAAUAUCCACGAAGUGGCUUCUGAGACUGUCUCAGGCAGCCUGACCAAGGACAAGGAGCUUGAUGCUAAAGUCAGAGAAGCAGCUAAGGAGAAAUACGAAGGCUAUCAGUACUUCAGGUCUCUAUUUCUCAUGGGCUGGCUCUGUGUUAAUUUUGGAGUUGGAGCAGUAAUCACUGGGUUUGAUAGGAAUGAUGAGAAAUGGUUUAUAUCGUACCUUGGAUUUGUUCUAGCGGGGGUUAUUAGUUUUAAGUUGGCCUUUUCAGGGGUUCAUAGGAUAGUCUCUUGGAUACAUCAUUGAUAUGUGAGUUGAUAUGUAAGUAAGCUGAGGAGGAAGUAUAAAGAGUCUGUUCAUAGUGAAGUGAGGGGUGAAAUAGAAGAAGAUAAAGAAUUUACAUUUGUUCCAACUGUGGUCUGCAAUCGAGAAAAGAAGGCAGACACUGAAGAGUCUAUAAUGCUUGAUCUGCGUGGUCUCAUGAAUAGGAUUAAGAAUAUCUCUGAAGAUAAAGGAGAAGAUCGUCAAGUAAAACAAAUGGAAAGAAUGUUAACAAAAUCUAAAAAGACACUUAAAGGUAUAAUACCCAAGAAGACAGAAGUACCCAACAACUUUACUAGACUUAAAAGAGGUGCAAACCCUGACUCAGAAUCCCUGGACUAUUCCAAUGACCCAUUUGGUUCUGAAUUAUCUCAUUACUCAUCCUUGGCUGGAGGGGAUGAGUACUCUUCUAGCUCUCAUAGCUCAUAUUCCUCUUAA